UUUUGUUUUAUACGUAGAAUGUGGCAAAAACAACAAAAGUGAAAAAAUUAAAACAAAUUUUACAAAGAAAUUUAUUUAGAACCGAAAAUAUUUAAUUAAUAUUUAUUAAAAGGAGGAAAUUCUCGAUAAAAUACGAUAACAAUGGAAAUGGAAUAUGAUGAGACCGGUUGGCAACAGGGUAGGCCCAAGCAGCAAGGAGAAGAUGAGGAAAUGCCCGAAGAUAAUCCCCAAGAAACUAUACAAGAAUGUCUGGAGAAAUUUCUCACACCCGAUUACAUUAUGGAACCGGGUAUAUUUACCCAACUUAAGAGAUAUUUCCAGUCGGGAGGUUCGCCGGAAGAGGUCAUUAUGAUGCUGUCGGAAAACUACAAAGCUGUGGCACAAAUGGCCAAUUUAUUGGCGGAAUGGUUGAUAUUAGCCGGCGUUAAAGUAACCGAUGUCCAGGCCAUGGUGGAGAAUCAUUUAAAGGAUAUGAUAUUAAAAACCUUUGAUCCCAAAAAAGCCGAUACCAUUUUCACCGAGGAGGGCGAGACACCCGACUGGUUGACCGAAAUGAUAGAUCAUCCUACUUGGCGUUCUUUGAUUUACCGUCUAGCAGAAGAGUAUCCAGAUUGUUUAAUGUUGAAUUUUACCAUUAAAUUAAUAUCGGAUGCCGGUUUUCAGAGUGAAAUUACUUCGAUAUCAACCGCAGCUCAACAGAUUGAAGUAUUUUCGCGUGUUUUGAAAACUUCAAUAGCAAAAUUUCUUAGUAAUCCUGAGGAUAUACAGGGUGCCAUACAAGAAUGUGCUCGUAUGGUAUGUCAUGGUCAGCAUACAUAUGUUUAUUCUCAGGUUUUGAUUCAGGUCUUGAGUCAAGAGCCGAAAGGAGGUUUUAAUAUGAAGCGCUUAUCUCAGGAGAUUACGAAAUAUGCUUUACAAAACAAUCAAAAUGUCACUCCAAUUACUAUGGCUCUUAAUGGUUCAGCUGCUUAUCCGCAGGCCUGCCAGGCUUUAUCCUCCAUGCUCUCACGCAAUACACUCAAUCCAGCCGAUAUUAAUGUACUUUAUCGCAACUAUUCGGGAACCGAUCCUCCACCUAUUGAUCUCAUAAGAAAUCCCCAAUUCUUGGAAUUACUAGUAGAUUCACUUUUCAAAGCAGGCGUUAAGAUAAACCCUGAACAUAAAUCAAAAUAUAUUUAUCUCUUGGCCUAUGCGGCCUCGGUAGUAGAUACACCUGCCAAAAAGAGACCUUUAACAGAGAGAGUCUUAAAUAAGGAGGAGUUAAAGAGUACUAUACAAGCGAUAGAAAAAGUGCAUGCCAUCUGUAAUGUCAACAAGGGAUCUACUGAACUAAUAGCUGAAUUGCAAACACUAUUCAACUGUAUAAAAUACCCUGUUGUCGGUGUGGGCGUUAUACGAUGGAUAGAAAACACUGUCACCGAACCUUCAUACUUUAAACUUUCCACCGACAGUUGUCCCACACAUUUAGCUAUUCUCGACGAGGUAGCAGCUGUCCAUCCCACUUUACAUCAACAAAUUUUAACUCUGCUCAUACGUCUUUUUGAAUCGAAACAAGAUGAAUUGGAAAUUUUAGUGCAGCUGGAAAUGAAGAAAAUGUUAUUAGAUCGAAUGGUAAAUUUAUUAACUCGCGGUUGUGUAGUGCCUGUGGUCAAAUACAUCAAGCAAUGUUGGGGCAAAGGUGAUACCGAUAUUUCUCUUAUUCGUUAUUUUGUCACUGAAGUGUUAGAAACCAUUACCCAUCCUUAUUCACCGGAAUUUGUAUUGUUAUUUUUGCCCAUGGUGGAGAAUGAAGAAAUUACCGGCACCAUGAGGGGUGAGGGUGACAAUGAUCCGGUAUCGGAGUUUAUAGUUCAUUGCAAGGCUCAUUAUACUACAGUGUAAUAUCGUAGCUGGCUAUUGCUUGAUUUAAUUAGUUUAGUUGUGAAAUAUAUAUAUUUUCUUUUUA